CCGCCCCCUCCCGCGAGGACCGGAAGUGCCAUUUGGACCCGACUGCCCGAGCGGAAGGCAAGAGAGAGAGAGGCCUAAGUGGCUGUUGAGCGUCGUGUGGAAGGCGGAUGAGGCCUGAGAGGCCGCAGCGGGACCCGGAUUUUGCUCAUGGAUGAGUUGGUGCAUGAUUUGGCCUCAGCCCUUGAGCAGACAUCUGAACAGAACAAGCUGGAUGAGUUGUGGGAAGAAAUGACUCUCAGCCCAAGGCAGCAGCGUCGACAGCUUCGCAAGAGGCGAGGACGCAAGCGACGCUCAGAUCUUACACACCAAGCAGAGCAUGCUUGUUGUUACAGUGGUGCCUCAGAAUCUAGUCUGGAUGAAGUUGUGGAGGAUUGUCGGGAGGUGCUGACUGCCAACUUCAGUGACUCAGAUGACAUGGCAGGAUCCAAACGUCAUCCGGCUCUCAGUGCGACUCUCAGGAGUAAGCCACACUCAUGGCAUGAGUCAGACUCAUUCACCGAGAACGCACCUUGCCGACCAUUGAGGCGCCGUCGAAAAGUUAAGCGUGUGACAUCAGAAGUGGCUGCUAGCCUUCAGCAAAAACUCAGAGUGUCAGAAUGGAGUUAUGAAAAGGGCUGCAGGUUCAAGUCUGCUAAGAAGCAGCGACUGUCCCGUUGGAAGGAAAAUGCUCCCUGGACUUCAUCUAGUCGAGGACUGUGUGAAUCGGCAGACAGCAGGGCCUUCCUCAACAAAGGGGUUAGGAAUGAGAGAAUGGAGUGUGAAGCAGAUGAACAGAAGCAAGGCUCUGAUGAAAACAUGUCUGAAUGUGAAACCAGCAGUGUAUGUAGCAGCAGCGACACUGGUCUUUUUACCAAUGAUGAGGGCCGCCAAGGUGAUGAUGAGCAGAGUGAUUGGUUCUAUGAGGGAGAGUGUGUCUCAGGAUUCACAGUCCCUAAUCUUUUGCCCAAAUGGGGAACUGACCGCCAGUCUGAUAUGGAACACAUGGACUCCAACCUAGAUAAAAUCUCAGAUCCAACAUUCCUUCUGCCCUCCCGACCUGCUACGAGAGGAUUUCAUGCCCGCUUGAACCGCCUGCCCAGUGUUGCAACUCGUUGUCUUAGGAAGGGACGAAGGAGGCUGGUUAGCAAGGAGACCAUCAUGAGUGCUAUGGGCACUGAGAGAAUUAGCCACAUCAUUGGUGAUUCCUGCCAAAAAGAUUUCUGGUUGCCAUCAAUGGGAAUGAGAGAUCGCAACCAGUUCAAUCCACUAUCUCCCUUGUAUUCUUUGGAUGUUCUUGCUGAUGCGUCCCACCGAAGGUGCUCUCCAGCACACUGCAUAGCCAGGCAGACUAAUAUACAUCUGGGACCUCCAUGCUCAAGGGACAUAAAGAGGAAACGAAAACCAGUAAUGGCAACAGCCUCUCUUUCCAGUCCAACCUCAGCUGCUUUAUCCAUCCACAGAGAUGCAUCAGAAACUGGCCCGCCAGCAUCACACUCUCAGAGGCACCAGAACUGACCGGAUGUGCAGAAUCCAUUCACCAGGGAGAAGCCCCAUCGGCUCCUACCUGAGGCAGCUGUUUUUUUAAAAAAUGCCCCAGAUAUGAUCCUUGACUGCAUCAGAGGGAGGCAGCUCUUUCUCUUAACAGCUUGUGGGCCUUUUGAUAUGUUGGACUGCAGACUGUCAGAAUGUUCAUCAAACAUCUUGGCUGGAAAUAACUAUCUCUCUCGUGGUAGCAUGUGAUCCAUUUUAUUCCACACUUCCCACGAUUUGUGUCUAUAACUCCAUGUAAAAUUGUAUAAUUGUUGCUGGGGUUUCCAUACUUACUAAUGUUUCUGCUGUUGCUGUACAAGUAAGUAUCUGUUAUGCACUCUCAUUUUCAGACCCAGCAGCUGCUGCCUGUGCGUGUGCAAAUGUUAUUGGCUAUUGCAAAUGCCCGUCUUUGUUGUAAACCUCUUUAUUCCUCAGACAUAUCAGAUGUUGUAGAGUCAUGUGUUUAACAGGAGGAGUUCUAAUUGCAGUAUAUAUUGAGAGGCAGAACUGCUGUCUGUGGCAAGAGUAACUGCUGAAAACAGUCUAGAAGGCAUCCCUCAUUACAGGGGAGAAUAGCAAAGGGUACGCUUUAUAUGAACUAGGUACCUUGACUAUUAUAUUAGGAAUACUCCCAGAGGCUACUUGUUUGUCAGCUUUUUGAGCAGAUAUAUUCCCUUCCAGGCUGUUCUUUAUGUAGUAUUAUCCUUUCACGUUUUUCCUCUUGUACUACUGCUGUAACCUGAUAGUGGUCCUAAAUUAAGGCUUCUUUUCUAUCCGCCUAUCUUUUCCUGUGUCCACAAGCCAGUAGAACCAUACAUUAGCAGAGUAAAUAUGUCUUUUCAGGAGGCUUUGCAGUAUAUAAUCCUGAAUGCAAAUAACAAUGAAAUGGGCUACUAGCUAAAAGCGAUUUUGUUUUGAAAGCUGCUGUAAAAAUCCAGCCAAGACAUUUACCUAGGUCCUAUGUUGCCAUUCUCACAGUUUGUGUUUAUAUAUAUAUAUGUAUAUAUAAUAUGUCAUUUCAGGGUGGACUUUAUGCAGGUGGCAUCCACUUAUUCUAGGACCCAUAGACCUUCUUGGGUCUGUGGGCAUAUCUGGAUUUUUACGUGUUUUAGGGCCAUGUUCUAUAAGCCAGAGAAAGUGACAGUUUUGAUCAAGAGCAAAAACUCAAAGGAUCCAUUCCAAUUCUAUUCUCUUUCCCACAUCUGGCCAGCUUUGUCCAUUGGCGUCAAAAUGCCUGUGAUUGCCCAAACUUACUGUUGCAUGCAAACAAUGUAAAAAUCUCCUUUCUUAGUAAAUAGUAAUAGCUUUAUAUCCCUCCCCCAUCUCCCUAAAGCAGUGGUUCUCAUCCUGUGGGUCCCCAGAUGUUUUGGCCUUCAGUUCCCAGAAAUCCUAACAGCUGGUAAGCUAGCUGGAAUAUCUGGGAGUUGUAGGCCAAAACACCUGGGGACCCACUGGUUGAGAACCACUGCCGUAAAGGGACUCGGGUCGGCUUACAAGGCAACAAUAGUGCAACACAGAGCAUAUAAAAUACAACAAAAAGUAAAUACUUUCUGUGUAUUUUUCAAAUUUCAUUAUUAAUGUCAAAAUAUGUAGGAUUUGUGCUACUUUAGAACAGAAUAAAAAAACCCCAAUAUAACAGAAAAUAACAGCAUAUAAUGAUUGACAUAAAAUACAUCAAUCAAAAUGAAAUAACCCAUAAAAGCACAACAAUGAAUUAUAAGAAAAAGCGAGCUGUACAAACCAAGGUUAGCAUCUCAGGCCCAAAACAGAUUAAAAAUACCAGCAUUAAAAGGUCAGGGUAAAACUUCAUUCUAUUUAGAUGAUGCAUUAGCCAUUAUCAAAGGCAACUAUUAUCAAUAGCCAUGUCUUCAGCUGCCUCCAAAAGGGUUGAAUUGUGGGGGCUUGCCUGAUCUCCCUGGGGAGGGUGUUCCAAAGCCAGGGGGCCACAACUGAGGAGGCCCUCUCUCUCCUCCCCACCAACCAUGCAGAUCUUGGAGCCCAUGCAGGGUUCAGAGGUGGGGUGGGGGUGGGGAAAUGCAGUCACGUAGAUAGGCUGGACCCAAACCAUGUAGGGCUUUGUUGGUAAUAACCUGCACUUUGAAUUGGGACCUUAUCAAUGUGUAUAGAGAAAGAUAUACAUUCUGUUCAGUGUUCUCCCCUUCUCUGUGUGGAAUGGUGCGUUUUCCCUACAACCUUUUCCUUCUCAUUCUUCAAUAUAUGUGAGCAGGUUUGCAAAAUAGUUCAAGUUCCUAGGUAUCAGCAUCAUAUUUUGGAAGCCUGGAAAACUGUUCACUCAUUUUAUAUUUCUAAUGCAACUAGUAAUGCUUUUAAAAACAAAUUACUUCAUUUGAAGCUUCCCUUGACAUUUCAUUUUCACAAUAUGUACCUGGGCGUCUGUUCAGAAUUACAUCUUCAAUUGGAUCCAAUUCUCCGAGGGGCACUUUACAGUACAAGGCCAGAGUGCAUGGAAUCACAACUUGCUUUUGUGCAUCUGGAAUCUAGUCAUUGGAAGCAAAUAGGUGCUGCUUAGAUAUAGACAAGUGGUUUGUAUGUUUCAUCUGCUUGUAUAAUGCUUUGAUCUCUUUGCCUUAACUCAUGACAAUUAUAUGUGUAUGUGAUGGGCAUAAGAAACUGUAUUAACCGUAUACAAUAAUGUUUAAAUGGUAACCUUGGACAGCAUUACCCAUGCAGUGAUAUGGGUCUAUUAGAGCAACUCAUACAUGCCUUACUGCUACAGUAUUGUUGGUGAUCCUAUUCCUGUUUCAGAAUGCCAAUUAUGUAUUCCAAGCACAGCUCAGAUCUUUGUAUGUUGACUUCUCCUGUGCUCUUAGCAUUUCUUAAAAUUGCCUGGGUAAGAAAAUUUGUUUUUAAUCCGCUAUAAAGUAUAUAAAAGCCAAGGGUUUGAUUGAAUGAUUGGUGAAGAUUUUAAGGACCCUGAAAAGAGCCACCAUCACAACUCUGUUGCUUUCAGUGAGUGUGCACCACUGAUUUUACUACCCCAGUCGGCUUAUAUUGCAUUUUGGGCAAUGGCCUGUGUCCUGAAGAUUUUAUUAAGCUUUUCCUUUACAAAAAGAAAAGAAAAAGUAUUUCCAGAAUACAGAGCAGAUAAAUGUCGAACUAUUGCAAUGAGUUUUAUAUCAAAUACUCUAUUAACCGAGCUUGGUAAAGUGGUAGUGGAUUUAGUUUCACUUGUUGCGUAUUUUGUUUGCAGUUUUCUCAGAUCGUUGAAUCAGGUUGUGUAUCCCUUAUCUGGAAUUCCAAAAUUUUGUGAACAACAUAUAUGUACCUGUAUUGUACUUGUGUGGCUAAAGGAAGAUGUGACAGGAAAGAAUCAUAAGGAUCUGUGAAAUGAUGGGAAUCCAUACCUCCAUACCAUAGCCUUGUCUUUCUUUCGAGCUGAACUAGUGAGCAGAAGUGUUGCAGCCGCUGCCUCAGUUGCUUGAUGGUAUUCAUAAAGAGGCCCAAACUUGCUAAAUGUAUAACAUCAGUGUAAUGUAAAAUACUUUUUGAUAUGCACAACCAUUACUGUACCUAAAAAAUCAGAGGUGUUGUUUAGCAUGACACUUGUGUAACUUGGACUUUGUGAAUCUUGCAAAGAGUAAAUUCGCACUCUAAAGCAGUGGUUCUCAACUAGUGGGUCCCCAGAUGUUUUGGCCUACAACUCCCAGAAAUCCCAGCCAGUUUACCAACUGUUAUGAUUUCUGGGAGUUUCAGACCAAAACAUCUGGGGACCCACAGGUUAAGAACCACUGCUCUAAAGGAAUAUACAUUCUUUUAGUAGAAUAGCCACAAUUCUGUGCCUGGAAUACAUGAAGUCAGUAGUGAAAACUUCAGAUUUGUUAAAUUCUGACUCGGGAUAAAAGGCACUGGGGAUGGUAGGCAACAUAGAAAGAACUAAAAUAAUAGAGGUGCAACCAUUGUUUGAAUAGCACUUGCAACAAUUGCCAAAUUAUUCAAAAAUACUUGUGAUCUCACAGUUGUGGAACCCACAGGACCAUGUAUAUAAAUGGAAAUGUGAUAAA